AACCGAAUAUCCUGUUUAAAACGAAUUGUACCUCGUAAUUAAACCGUCUGAUAUUAGCUCAUGAGGGAAGGCUGGGCUGUUUUUCAAUAGUAGCUGUGUCAGUGAAAGCAGCAUCUGUUUGCUCCAAGCAUUACGUGGCCUCUGUCAUUAAUUGCCACAAACGAUUUGGUAUAUUGGAUUAGAUUGGAAGACAGAGACACCCUUUAAAAAAAAUGCAAAACCUGACAAAGAUGACCUUCGAGGCAGGGAGUAGAGUGAAGCUGCUGUUUGACUUCUGGGAUGUGCAGGGACCCGCAGGGAUGGUGCUGUCUGUGUUCGUGGUCCUCCUGUUGACAGUGUUCUACGAGCUGCUGAAGGUGUGGAAGGACCAGCUGGGAAAGCCCUUAAAGCAGCCCACUCAGCCAGCCUUCCCACUGCCCUUCCCCCCUCCCCUCCACUCCUCAGACUGCCAGGGAAGCAGCACUGUGUUUGCCAGUAGCCUGUCAGAGUCUUCUCUGGCCCCCAUGGAACAGGCUGCUCCCACUCCCUCCCCCAUGAACAGAUGGCGUCUUCAUGGUAUCCAGACAGCCAUACACAUCCUGCAGGUGACUCUGGGCUACAUACUGAUGCUGUGUGUCAUGUCCUACAACACCUGGAUCUUCCUGGGGGUCAUCUUGGGCUCUGUCCUGGGAUACUUCAUAUGGUUCCCUCUACUGGGUCAAAUCUAAUCAAACAGCGGAAUCGAAAGAGUCCUUUUCCUGGACUACAGAUCUACAGGGACUAGAUAUCCCAUACCUGUUGGUCAAAGAUUUGAUCUGAAGAGCAUAUCGUACAAACUCCCAUGGUGUUUGUCAUUCGGACUCUGUUGUGCACUGAUGCGCAAUAGAUCUCCCUGUGACUGUGUCACUUAUCAAGUUACCUGAAGUGGAAGGUUGUCACAGUAUUUCUUCCCUACUUAUACAUGAUCUUAAGUAAAAAGCAAGAUGGAGACUUCCAUAUAGUGACAGAUGUACACAGAGUACAGCAUGGUAGAUGAGUGAUCAAGCACACCCAUGGUACCUUUUUAUCACAAAGUUUCAUCAAGUUUUACAUUUUGUGUUCAAGCAAGGCAACUGUUACCCUGUACUAUGUACUACACAUCCACAGUCAUCAUUUUGACCAGGGCCCGUGAGUAGCUACAGGGCUUGAGGUCAAUGUUGUCAACCUGUGGUUACUUGACUUAAGGCAGGGCUGCCCAACCCUCUUCCUGGAGAUCUACUGUCCUGUAUGUUUUCUGUCCAACCCUAAUUUAGGAUA